CUGUGCCGGAAGCAGUUUCCACUUAAAAGACACGAAGAAGAAUCUCACAUAUACAGCGGUUGAUACACUUCCGCCGGCAGCGUUGGCCUCAAACGCAGCGAUCGCCUCCUAACGCCAUCUGGGCAGCCGAGGGAGGUUGGAGGUCUUUCUUGUGUCGCAUCUGUCGCUAUGAUGAACGGCCACGGUGACUCUGUCUUCGCCAAGUCUAUCCGCACGUCCAAGGUAGCCUGCAUCGGGGCGGGCUAUGUGGGAGGGCCGACCAUGGCCACCAUCGCGCAAAGAUGCCCGCACAUACAGGUGACCAAGGGGCAGACAGAAAACUCUAAAUACAGGGCAGAAAAGCGCCGCAGAAGCGCUGGUUGUGACUGUUGCUGCGUGUUGUUGGCUUCUGUUGACCGCGCAGGUGUACGUGUUGGACAUAUCCCAGUCGCGCAUAGCUGCAUGGAACUCCGACCAACUCCCCAUCUACGAGCCCGGACUGGACGACGUCGUGAAGGUACCAGCACCUAACGCGCACCACACAGAUGGCCGGGCACACAAUGACGGAUGUGUGGUUUUGUUCCGCUCUCUGUAUCUGCAGGAGUGUCGCGGUCGCAAUUUGCACUUCACGACGGACGUGUCCGGUAUGGUGAAGGAGUGCGACAUCAUCUUCGUCUCCGUCAACACCCCCACCAAGACCAGGGGACUCGGCGCAGGACGCGCCGCAGACCUCGCCACAUGGUCAGUCAGCGCUUCUCCCCCCCCUCCCCCCCUCCCCCCCUACACACACACACACACACGCACCGAUGAGAUGGGCGCCACACGGACGGUGGGUGCUUCUUCUGUCUGUGUGUGUGCAGGGAGUUGGCCGCGCGUUGCAUCGCUGAGAAUGCGGACGGUCCCAAGAUAGUGAUAGAGAAGUCGACGGUGCCGGUGCGGACGGCAGCGGCGGUGCAGCGUGUCCUGGAGGCCAACGAGAAGCCCGACGUCAAGUUCGUCAUACUCUCAAACCCAGAGUUCCUCGCCGAAGGUGAGUUGGUUGGCGUGUCGGGGUGGCUGCGUCCGUGGCUUGUCUUCGGUGGUCAUAUGGGUGUCUGUCGUGUUGUGUGGUGUGUGCAGGCACGGCCAUGAAGGAUUUGGAGAAGCCCGAUAGGGUACUGCUCGGCGGGCCCGAGGACGAGGACGGACAGUUCGCACUCAAGGUGACCUCACUGACUCACCGACACACGGAUGCACCUUCGUGGUGAUUGUGUGGGUGCGCGAUGUCAGUUGUUGGUUGACGUGUAUGCGAACUGGGUGCCCCGCGAGAAGAUCCUCACCACCAACCUGUGGUCAUCCGAACUCUCCAAACUCGGUAGGCUACACAGGCAGCCACACCCACCAUUCAGUAUUAAUGCCCACUGGGUACGUGUGUGCCAUGAUGGUUGUGUGUUCAGUCGCGAAUGCGUUCCUGGCUCAGCGCAUCUCGUCCAUCAACGCCAUCUCCAUGCUGUGCGAGAAGACCGGUGCCAACGUCAAGGAAGGUACACACACACCACCCUUGCACCACACCAUAGCACACCACACCGAUCUCAUGUGUGUCUUAUCUGUAUCAGUUGCGCACGCCAUCGGUUUGGACAGCCGCAUCGGUCCCAAGUUCCUCAACGCAUCCGUCGGCUUCGGAGGCUCGUGCUUCCAAAAGGCGAGAGACCACACACACACGCAUUAGAGCGCCCAGACAUGCCCCGUGCUUGUGUCAUGCUGGUGCAGGACAUUCUCAACUUGGUGUACCUGUGCGAGUCGUUCGGCCUGCCGCAGGUAAGGAGAACCACACGGCUGAUCCGGUUCGCCUGCGCGAAGCAUCGUGUACGUCUGAUGUAUCCUCAGGUGGCUGCGUACUGGCAGCAGGUGGUCGACAUGAACGAAGUCCAGAAGCACAACUUCACCAGAAAAGUGGUGCGUGAAAUGAGUACAUCUAGCUAGGCGUGCAGAGCCAUGGACUGUCGACCUCCUUUCUGGUGUGCAGAUCGACGCCAUGUUCAACACGGUCAACCGCAAGAAGAUCGCCAUAUUCGGAUUCGCCUUCAAGAAGGACACCGGCGACACGCGCGAGACACCCGCACUGUGAGACACACAAACAAGGCUGCCGCUCGUGUCUUGUCUUCACUCCCCCACGUGUCUGUCUACCUGGGUGUGUUUGCCUGCAGGACUGUGUGUUCGUUGCUGAUGUCUGACGGUGCGAUCCUGCACGUUUACGACCCCAAGGUGACCCGCGAGCAGGCGCUGCAGGAGUUCAGGGACCACAGGCUCGAAUUCGACUUCGAAAAACAAUUCUUCUGGGAGGUACGGAUGACACAAACACCCAGCAACCACGCCUUGGCUGCAGCGACGUUUGUGUGGUAUGAUGUUAUGUGCAGGAGGACGCCGAGUCGGCGGUGCAGGACUCGCACGCCAUCCUCAUCCUCACCGAGUGGGACGCGUAAGCCAACCGCACACAUGGACACGCGCUCUUGCCCACACGUAUUCGCGUGUGUGUGUCCGUGCGCGUGUUGGUUUGUCAGUUUCAAGGGUUACGACUACAGUUUGUUCCGCAAGCGGAUGCGCAAGCCCGCAUUCCUCUUCGACGGCAGGAACAUACUCGACCACGACAAGUGGGCUGCCACCACACGGACCCACACAUCAGCCAUGGGCACAUGUCGUCCCUGUGUGUUUUCAUUGUCACACAGGUUGGCCGACAUCGGUUUUGAGGUGCACUCGAUCGGCAAGCCCCCCCUCAGGAGCAGGGCCCCCAUCAACAACAGCCACUGACCACUCAGACCACACACACACACACACACAGACAUACACACGACGGGGGGAGGGGUUCGUGAGUGUAUAUAUGGGGAUCUGCAUGCCGUUGGGUUCUCAGUGCACUCAUUGCGAUGCGGUGCGAUGCGGUUCGUGGGGGCUAGGACGUCGGAGAGAGGAAGGAAGAGAGAGACAGAGAGAGACAGAGAGAGAGGGAAGGCAGGCAGGCACGGAUGGAUGGCACGCACCCGUCUUCUGUUGUCCGGUCGACGCGUGUCUGUCCAUCCAGUAGCGAGCCCUUGCCUCGUCUCUUCAACCGCGAGCAACGUCGAUGCUUCUGUACAGUAGAAGAAGACAGGCAACGAAGCGAGCGAAGCUAGGGGAGGGAGAGGCAGUGAGGCGAUGCUUGCUAGUGAUGCGAUGCGGCUGCUGCAUUCUUGCUUUCAUGCGAAAAUGGAUUCAUUUAUAUAUGUACGCUGGCUGGGAGUACGGCCGGACGCAGAACGCCCAUGCACUGACCGACUGACAUCAGUCGCUUGUAGUGACAUCAGUCGCUUGUAGCUGCCUUGCCCCCGAGUGACUCGAGGCACCAAUCCAAUCCAAUUAGGACACACGAUAGAUAAGGGCUGCGUAAGGGCUGCGUACACGUGCAAUGCGUACACGGGGGGGCACUGAGUGGCUGGUUUGACGUGACGUGAGUGGAUGGAUGGAUGGAUGCCUGGAGGGGCGGGCGUGUGGGCGUGUGGGUGGUCUAUGCAUGCCUGUGUGUCGGCACGAGAAAUGGUUGCUGAGUAGGUAGGUACCCGGGGGUGCAUAACGGCAUCUGCUGAUCGGGGAGAGACAGACGAGGGAUGGAUUGAGUCUCGUGUGAGCUAUGGCGUGAGGGGUCUCUUUUCUCUACCUCUGCUAACGCUUGCAGCCUCUGGGGAGCCUCUCAGUGGCUACACACGUUGCCGGCGGUGGAGAGAAGAAUGCUCUCGUGGCCAAGCACAGUCGAAGAAGAGACAGACGAUGCCGUCCAUCCAUCCUUUCUCCUCUGUAUUUCUCAUCAUCAGCAACUAUUUCUUAUCAUCAGCUCACCGCCCACAGCUGCAUGUUACCAUGUAUCGUCCAUCUACAGCCGUCACUCACCCGCGACACGCACCUUCUCUCUCACCCACUCACUCACUCACUCUGUCUGUCUGUCUGAGUGUGUGUGUGUGUGUGUGAGUACUGCCCCUCCCUAUUUAUCCAUGUGUGUGUGUGUGUGUAUGGCAAGCAAGUGCUCGCUAAUCCGCUGAUGCAUGUGCGUAAGCCAAGCCGAGCCAAGCCAUGUCUGUCUGUCUGUCUGUCUGUGUCUGUCGUGUGUACCCGGCCGUGCGUGUACGUGUACGUGGAUAUGUAUGUAUGUAUAUCUAAACAUGUGUACGGUACGGUACGGUGUAUGGUAUGUAUGGUGGUGUGUCGUGCGUGGUUGUGUCGUGUGAGUAGCACAGCAGCCUUGCCUUGCCUUGCCUUGUGUGCGUGGUGGCGCGACGCGUGCAGUGCGAUGCGAGACAUCGACAGACACUCCACGAGUAUAUGCAAUGCAACAUCUGUCCGAGUCAAC